GCCAGAUGAAACCGUGAAUCCGUAAAGUUGACUUCGAACCUGCUCUCGAACGUCAGCGAAGCAUUGCUGUCGUCCAAGGCACGACAGAGCUCAGCCCAUCUGUUUCUCCUGUUCUUCCUCUUCCUUCAUCUUCUUCUUCCUCCCUGCUCCUCCUGUCACUUCUGCUACGUUAACUCGACGAGUUCCACAAAGUCAGACUUCCACCGACCGAGGAAUGAUCACCACGAGAACCACUCGCCGACUUGUGGGAGAGCUCUUGAGGACUGGCAAUUUGCGCUGCUUGUCUUGGACUCCUCAGGGGGAAGUCAAACGAGAGAUCGCUCGACCGUCUCACACAUUCGUUCACGAUGACCUCGAUAUUGAGAUCCAGCCACCCCAUCUCAGACAGAAGAAACCAGAGAGCGCAGCUCUACAAUUCGGUAAGCACUUCGCUGAUCACAUGUUCGAAAGCUACUGGACGCGAGAUUCGGGCUGGAGCCAGCCGAAGAUUUGCCCCGUACAUGCACUCCAGAUGCACCCGGCCGCCAAGGUACUUCAUUACGCCCAAGAAUUGUUCGAAGGCAUGAAAGCCUUUCGAGGACAAGAUGGACGGGUCCGACUUUUCCGACCGGAACUGAACAUGGAAAGACUCCUUAACUCUGCUGAACGCCUUGGCCUUCCCACCUUCGAUCCACAAGAGUUCCUCAAGUGCCUCAUGCGGCUCGUGGAGAUCGAUCGCGACUGGGUUCCCAGUACGCCCAUGAGCUCACUGUACAUACGUCCGACGUUCUUCGGCGUCGAACCGACGCUCGGCGUUGCACGCUCGUCCGAAGCUUUCCUCUAUGUGAUCACGGGACCAGUCGGAGCUUAUUAUGCGACCGGCGUUAAACCCGUCAGUCUCCUCGCCGAUCCUCAGUACGUGAGAGCAUGGCCGGGUGGCACAGGGGACAAGAAGCUCGGAUGCAAUUAUGCACCCACGCUCGCAGUGCAGAAGGAAGCCGAUUCGCUCGGUCUCCAACAGGUUCUGUGGCUUUUUGGUCCCGAUCAGCAGAUCACCGAAGUCGGCGCGAUGAACAUCUUUGUUUUCCUCCGGAGCAAAGACGGUGAGCCAGAGCUCGUGACUCCGCCCCUGAGUGGAAUCAUUCUCCCGGGAAUCGUACGGAGAAGCGUUUUGGAUAUGACUCGAGACUGGAAUCUGUUCAAAGUCUCUGAACGACCCAUAUGCAUGAGCGAGUUGCGAGAAGCUCUCGACGAAGGUCGAGUCAUGGAAAUGUUCGGCUGUGGAACAGCAUGCAGCAUUUCGCCUAUCGGCCGAAUUUAUCACCGACAAAACGGUCACGCUGACGAUCUUUUGAUACCGACCAUGCAAAGCGAAUGGCAGCUUCACGCGAGGAUCAUGGAAACCCUCACGAACAUUCAGUACGGUGUUGUGGAUCACCCGUGGUCACUCGAAAUCGACUGAGAACCGGGCCCGAAGUGAACGCACGGACCCCUGUACAAACUGUAAAUAAGACACCGGAGGAAAUCCUCAAUGUAACUUUGUCCCCUGUUCGUACUAUAGUGAGCUGAUCCCCAGAAAUCAUGUACCUAUUUUAUACUUUUUUUUUUACCAAAAAAACAACACUGUUGUCCGGCACUAGAUGAGUGGACCCCAGGACAACUGUGAAGCCAUACGAGUCAAUUAUACAUUUACGAUGACAUGUCUCCUUCGUCGAAGGGCUUUGAUUUUCGGAUGAGCCGUUGGCUCUCACCACCCCUCCCGAGUCGAUUCGACGGCCGGUCAAUUAUCUGUGUACUAAUUGAAAUUAUAUUUAUUUGACACCAGAUGAAAUUAAUAAAGAGUUGUGGAUGAUUCAA